GGGGGGGGGGACGACUUAUGCCGAGUGGCAAACAUGUAGGCCACGCAUCUGGACGGGUCCGACAGAGAUGAGCGCUGAACUCCAGAUGUUGCGCGCGAGCGGUCGACGCGUGUGAAAAGGUGAUCCUCGCGGUCGCGCCGGCCGACCUCACAUCUGCCGCACCGGCGGCUGGUGUGAUGUAACGGCGGGGCCGAAGAGUUCAGGGAGAGCCGGGGUUGGUUUUGAGACUAUUCUUCUUCUUCUUCACCUUGCCUAUAAAAACUGAUCGACCGCACGUUCAACUGCCGGCCCAGUGACUUUCGACGUGGCCGUUGCUGAAGUGAUGUUUGGUUUUGUUAUGGAUUCGAGCCACCCUUGUUUUCUCCUCCUCAUCUUGACUGGCUGUGCAGCAUGCUGCUCUGACAAUGGCACCCGCCGCUUUGACUACUGUGUGCUGGGAGCCGGGCCCGCGGGACUGCAGAUGGGACACUUCCUUUCCAGGGCCAAACGGGACUACAUCGUCCUGGAGAGGAACUCGGGGCCGGGCAGCUUCUUCGACAAGUAUCCCAGACACAGGAAGCUCAUAAGCAUCAACAAGAUCCACACAGGAAGGCAGAACAGGGAGUUCAACCUGCGUCACGACUGGAACUCGCUGCUCAGCGAUAAACCCGACCUGCUGUUCAAGCGAGUGAGCGGCGAGUUUUACCCGCCAGCUGACGCCUUCCCGGUCUACCUGUCUAUGUUUGCGAAGGAGCUGGGGCUGAGGGUCCGCUAUGGCGUGGACAUCGGAAGGAUCAGGGCCAUGCAGUCGGCCACGGGCAGGAGCUACAUCCUGACAGACCAACACGCAUCUAACUACCAAUGCGGCGUCCUCCUGGUGGCCACGGGUUUGUGGGUCCCGCAGAAGGUGGAGUUCGUCGGUUCCGAGCUGGUUGAGGGAUACGAGUCCAUCUCCACCAACCCCGAGGACUACAAGGACCAGGCGGUGCUUAUCCUGGGGAAGGGGAACUCUGCCUUUGAAACAGCCCAGAGCAUCUUGGGACGGGCGAGUCGCGUGCACAUGCUCAGCUCCAGCCCUGUUCGCCUGGCCUGGCAAACACAUUAUGUUGGAGACCUCAGAGCUGUGAAUAACGAGCUACUCGACACAUACCAGCUCAAGUCCCUCGAUGGGUUGGUGGAGGCACGCCUGGAGAAAAUAGCUAUCACUCGUCCAGAGGAGCAAGGCAGGAGGAGAUCAGGGAGAAAGAAGGAGAAGGAGAAGAAGGGACAGUUGUACCUGACUCUGAGUAAGUUCGUACAAAACCGGGAGGGGAAGAACAGUUCUGAAGUGACCGCAGAGGAGCUGCCAGGGUAUCACAUCGACAACUUCCCCACACGCAACCCCUACGACCGCGUGAUACGAUGCCUUGGAUUCAGAUUCAACUUCAGCAUAUUUGACAAUUCAGCCUGCCCACCGAACAGUGAAAAUGCCAAAGGGAGGUUGCCGGGGGUGACGGCCUGGUAUGAAGGGAGGGACACCCCCGGCUUGUUUGUGCUGGGAACUGCUGCUCACUCCAGAGACUACCGCUCAUCUGCCGGCGGCUUCGUCCAUGGAUUCCGUUACACAGCGCGAGCUGUUCAUCGUAUACUUGAACAACGUUACCAUAGCAACCCCUGGCCAUCGACAAAGCUGUUGACAACGCAGCUGCAGUCCUGGAUUCUGAAGCGGGUCGGCGAGGCCUCUGGGCCGUACCAAAUGUUUGAGGUGCUUGGGGACGUGAUACUUCUUCGAGGCUCCCGUUGUGAAUAUUUGGAAGAGUUUCCCAUCCAGGCCCUGCCUCAGUUCUCCUCUCUCUCGGGCCGCGAGGUGUCCAACCAGGGACUGAUAGUUCUAGUCAUGCAGUAUGGGAAGAAGAAAAUCGACUUUCUUGGCCGCAACCGGGCUGAGACAGACUGGACCAAAGCUUGGAAAUCCAACUUUCUGCACCCUGUGUUAUACUACUAUGACACACUUCCCACUGAGGAAGCAAUGAAGCUGCGCCCCAAUGGCUGGCCUCUGCCAAGGCCCAAGGCAAUCCAUCACAUGGUUGAAGACUUCCUCACAGAAUGGGACAGUCCCAUAUCUCACAUCCAGCCACUGCGGCGCUUCUUGGAGCACUGUGUCCAGACUGACCUAAGGGCCUUCUAUGCAGAAACAUGUUUCCGCUUCUCCCUUACCCACCGCAAGCCGCCGCUGUUCUGUCAGCACGGAUACUUGAAGCAGCAGGGUGUUGCUCACGACAGUCAGCUGUGGCAGCACGUACGCGCCGCUGGACCGAUGCCCGCUGAGAAGGAUGCAGGCACAUCAGGGGCUGACCCGGCGUUUCCCGACUACCUGCCGCAAGCUGGAGCGUCCGUGACUUCAGGACUUGACUUCUGAUUCUUUCACUUAAGUUUGUUAAAGCUUUGCCUAUGAUGCUGGUCCCUCUGACUUACUACCUCCAGCACCAAUAAUCAUUCCCUCCACAAGACCAAAUAUAUUUUCUUACAGAUCACCAUCCUACAGAUCAGUGUUUCCCAACUUUCUUUGCGUCUCUACUUGCCUCCCCUCGUCAGCAAUUGCAGAUUUAUACCACUUGACUAUUUCAACCAAAGAGUGACUUCCCUUGCUUUGUUUUAAUAAUGUGUAAGGAUCCUGAAUGAGUACUAUUAUCCUGUAAUUCAUCAUAUAGAAAAAAUGUAAAAGUCUGGGGGAAAAAAGCAUAACUUUGUGUGCUUCUCCUUCACGUAAUCCCUCAGACAUAUCACGUGGCCUCCUGGGGUCCAAACCCUCAUGUUGGAAAACACUGCUCUUCACUGAGAAGCACUUUGUCCCUUGAAAACUCCCUCAUUAGUAUUUUUUCACAAAAUAUUUAUAUAUAUGUAUAAUGUGCCAUUUUCCAAUCAUGGAAAUUAAGAUGAUAUGAAACUGUAUAGGUGAAGGUUGGGUGUUACGAAAUGAUUAUUCAUUAUACAUUUUACACAAUGCUGAUUAAAACAU